AUGGCUUAUAUUGUCCCCCUACAUCAUGCUAGCAGCAUUAGCAAUGCUAUUACACUACAGUUCAUGAAGCCAGGGGAGGAUUGUUUGGUUAUUGCGAAAUCGAAUCGUCUUGAGCUCUACACGAAAGCACCCGAUGGCCUUGCCCUAAAAUAUUCCAAAGCUGUCUAUGGAAAAAUCUCCGUCCUGCAAAAACUCCCGCGCCCCAAUCCUUCCGAGACAGAUCUUCUUUUCGUCGGUACCGACCGAGAUGCAUACUUUACGUUGUCUUGGAAUUCAGCUACUGGUCAGCUGCAUACCGAGCAAAAGUAUGUGGACAUGGCGGACCCUUCAUUGCGAGAUAGCCAGAGCGGGGACCGAUCAUGGGUCGAUCCCUCCGGGAAGUUCCUGACGCUCGAGAUAUACGAAGGUAUAAUUACAGUCAUACCUAUUGCUCAAGAGCCGUUGAAGCGUUCAUCGUUAUCCGGUCCUUCGCUCGGGCCACCCAAGGAGCGGGCUCAUCUAGGAGAACCCGUUCAGGCCAGGAUCGAGGAACUCGCAAUUCGAUCUACCGCAUUUUUGCACCAGGAUUCAUCACGGGUCCCGCGGAUAGCAAUCCUUUAUGAAAGUACGGACGGCAGAGUAAAACUAAAAUUGCGAGACCUGAUAUACACGAGAGGGGUUGUUAAUGGUGAAGCCAGCGUUGCGGAAUUCCACAACGUAGAUGAACUUUACGACAAUUUAGAGCUCGGAGCUGAGAUUUUAGUCCCUGUCCCAUUGCCCCUUGGCGGCAUCCUUAUCCUUGGUGAAAAGUGUAUCAAGUAUGUUGAUACAAUCUCAAACGAAACCAUUACACUGCCCUUGGAAUACAAUACUGUGUUUGUAGCCUGGGAGCAGCUAGAUAAUCAAAGGUGGCUGCUGGCAGACGACUAUGGGCGACUGUUCUUCCUGAUGUUGGUGCUGGACUCUGCAAAUGCGGUUAGGACCUGGAAGGUUGACUUGCUUGGAGAGACAUCUCGCGCAUCGGUCCUUGUCCAUCUCGGUGGAGGAGUGGUGUUCCUAGGCUCUCAUCAGGGAGAUUCCCAUGUCAUCAGAAUCACCGAGGGUUCUUUCGAGAUAAUCCAGACUCUUUCCAAUAUCGCCCCCAUCCUUGAUUUCACGGUAAUGGAUUUGGGACAUCGCGGAGAUACACUGACACACGAAUUUUCCUCUGGGCAAGCCCGAAUUGUAACCGGAUCUGGAGCCUUUCAUGAUGGAAGUCUAAGGAGCGUCCGAAGCGGAGUUGGCAUGGAAGAUUUAGGAGUUCUGGGUGCAAUGGAACAUAUCACCGAUUUAUGGGGACUAUCUGCCUUUUGUGCGGAAGAGAACUGUGACACUCUCCUCUUAGCCUUUGUGAAUGAAUCAAGGGUGUUCCAUUUCUCACCUGAUGGGGAGGUGGAAGAGAAAGACGAGUUCCUCGGCCUAUUGUUGGGAGAAACCACCCUUCAUGCCUCCAAUCUUGCUGGUUGUCGCAUAUUGCAAGUGACGGAGCGCACAGCCAGGAUUACAGACGUGGAAAGUGAACUGGUAAUAUGGCAUUGGUCUCCGUCUGGCCAUCAAAAAAUCACUGCCGCUGCCGUCAAUGAACAGUAUUUGGUGUUGAUGAUCGGUGGCCAGGAAGCUGUCAUAUUCGACAUCGCUAGCGAUAUUCAAGUAUCUGGGCCAAAAACCUUCAAAGCUAACAAACAAGUUUCUGGUGUCACUCUCACUUCGUCGCCUGCUCAAGCCUGCAUUUUCUGUUUUCCUCAAUCGGCAGAAAUCAGUAUUGUGAAUCUCACCGAUUUGACCAUUCGGCAUACCGAAACUCUGGGAGAGCCAGGAGAUGCCGUUCCACGAUCGGUGCUGGUAGCCAAUAUGAUUCCGAGCAAACCACCGUCUCUUUUCGUUUCAAUGGCCGACGGGAGCGUUUUUUCAUUUUCCCUCAACGCUGAAGAUUAUUCGCUGUCAAAUGCUAACAAGCUUGUCCUUGGGUCAGAGGCCCCAGUAUUCAAAUUGCUUCCCCGGGGAGAUGGUCUCUUCAAUGUCUUCGCAACUUGUGACCAUCCUAGUUUGAUAUAUGCAUCUGAGGAUAGAAUCGUGUACUCCGCCGUUAAUUCGGACAAGGCAACUCGCAUUUGUCAUUUCAAUGCAGAGGCAUAUCCGGGUGCAAUCGCAGUUGCCACUCCUGAUGAAAUUAAAAUCGCUCUCGUGGAUGCAGAGCGUACCACCCAGAUACAAACAUUGAUGAUCAAUGGGACCGUCCGGAGGAUAGCCUAUUCCGCGGCAGAACGGGCUUUUGGACUUGGAACUGUUCGAAGAUCCCUAGUACAAAACGCGGAGGAGGUAAAGAGCUAUUUUAUUCUUUCAGACGAAAUAAUGUUCCGCCAGUUGAGUGUGUUUGACCUAAACUCGAAUGAACUUGUCGAGUGUGUUAUACGUACGGAGCAUCCCGCUUUCAACGGUCAACAAAACAACGGCCGCCCGAAGGACAUCUUCAUCGUCGGUACCUCAGUAUUAGACCCGGCCGAGGCACCGGAAAGUCAAACAAAGGGUAGAAUCCUCAUAUUCGACGUCGGUGUUAAUCGAGAGUUACGAAUGGUAUCGGAAUUCCCCGUCCGAGGCGCAUGCAGAGCGCUGGCCAUGGUGAAUGGUAAAAUUGUCGCGGCGCUUAUGAAAAGUGUUGUGAUUUUAAGUAUGAAAAAGGGCAAUUCUUAUAGCAUCGAUAUAGGGAAAGAAUCGAGCUAUCGGACAUCCACGGCGCCUGUCGACCUCUCCGUCACAGAUAACAUCAUUGUUGUCGCGGAUCUGAUGAAGAGCAUCUCGCUUCUUGAGUACCAGGCCGGGGAAGCAGGACAGCCAGACAGCUUGAAAGAAGUAGCACGCCAUUACCAGACAUUAUGGACAACAACGGCAGCCCCAAUUGCAGAAAACGCGUUUCUCGUAAGUGACGCGGAAGGAAAUCUAGUGGUUCUGAAUAGAAAUACAACCGGUGUGACAGAGGAUGAUAAACGUCGGAUGCAAAUAACUAGCGAAUUGCGGUUGGGCACAAUGGUCAAUAGGAUUCGUCGUAUGGAUCUCCAAGCCUCUCAGUCGUCUCCAGUGAUUCCCAAGGCUUUCUUGGCUACGACUGAUGGCUCCAUCUACCUAUUUGGAGUCAUUGCCCAGUUUGCCCAAGACCUUCUAAUGCGCCUCCAGUCUGCUCUCGCCAGCUUCGUUGCGAGUCCCGGCGGGAUACCCUUCAGUGGGUACCGGGCGUUCAAAAGCGCGACACGUCAAGCUGACGAGCCAUUUAGAUUUGUGGACGGGGAACUUGUUGAGCAAUUCUUGGACUGCCCGUUAGAAGUCCAAGAAGCUGUUCUAGCCAAGAUGGAUGGCGGUGGAAGGGAUGUGACUUUAUCGCAACUAAAAGAUAUUGUUGAAAGAUUAAAAAGGAUGCAUUAG